AUGGCUUUGGAAGAUAUCUGUGGCUUCAAAGACUCUCCUGUGCAUCGCAAGUGGUUUCCUGACUCUCAUUUCGAAGAUACAGCCACAUCUUUUCAAAUGAGUGACUAUUACAGCUUUGGAUUGGGAAGACUAAAGAAGUGUCGGAGAAAUAGUGGGAUCCCACUGCAUUUCUUCAUACCAACUUUGCCAAACUCUGCCAACCACAGACCUUCAUUCCCCUUUUUGCCUGCCAACCAUUCAGUGACAGUCCGCAGGCCUUUCCCUCUCUCUCAUGGAACAACGACCUUGGGUUUCAUCUUCGAAGGUGGGGUCAUUGCAGCUGCCGACACACGGGCGAGUGCUGGGGGGCUUGUUGCCUGUCCAGCUGUUCAUAAGAUUACACCAAUUCACUCCCAUUUAGUGGUCACCUCCUCUGGUAGCGGUGCAGACUGCAUGCUAUGGGAGCGAAUUCUGGCCAGAGAGAUCAGACUCUACCAACUGAGGCACAGACGUUGUCUUUCCAUAUGUGGCACUGCCAAGCUCCUCUCCUUUAUGCUGCACCCAUUUAAAGGGACUGACGUGUGUGUGGCUCUUACACUUUGUGGCUGGGACAAGGAAGCAGGUGACACUGGCUUUGCAAAGAGUGGCCCAAAGCUGAUAUACGUGUGCAGUGAUGGAGCCCGCCUGCAGGGGGAUGUCUUUUCUGUGGGCUCAGGCUCUCCUUAUGCGUAUGGAGUCCUGGAUAGAGGGCUGAGGUGGAGCCUGAGUAAAGAAGAGGCCAUCUCCUUGGCAAGAGAAGCCGUGUUCAGAGCCACUCACAGGGAUGCCUACUCAGGAAACAAUGUGGACCUCUUUCACAUCACAGCCCAGGGAUGGAGCCAAAGAAAGAGAGAGGACCUGAAAGAGGAAUAUUAUAGAGACAUGGAGAGGAGGGCAAAGAUAGUGGAGGGGGAAAAAAGAGGCCCUCUUCUUCAGAGUAGUUGA